AUGUUUUCUCCCCUCGUCUCUGUCGCCUGUGAACAGGUCGAUCUUGUUGACCAUGAUGAGCACGCCGCAGCCCGCGAGCCUGUCCUCGCCCAGCACCCUGCUGAACUCAACAAAGUUCUCCUGGAGCCUGUGGAGACUGGAACUGUCUAUGACCCACAUGAGGAAAUCCGUCUUCUCGAAAUAGUUGAACCAAAACGCGCGCAGCGAGGUCUGGCCCCCGAUGUCCCAGAUGUUUAUGUUGAAGCCGGCGUACGGCACUGUGAAGAUGUCGAAGCCCAUCGUGGGGCUCGUUUCCUUGACGUUCUGGCCCAGCAUGCUCUUCACGAUUGUGGAUUUGCCGGAGUUGUCCAGGCCUAG